AUGAGCCGCUUCCUGAGCCGACUCACCACUGACAAAGCCCUCCACCACCUCCCGUCGCUCUCCCGCCUCUACGACGUAUCCUCUCUCUUCCUUCUCUCUCUCCUCCGCGGCCUGCUCUCCAAACCCCUGGGCUUCAUGGAUUCGCUCCUCUUCUCCAAGGACGAUGACGUUGUUCUCUCCAGCUUCGAUCACUCCUCUCUGCCCCCUUCCUUCUCCGACCCCGGCGAGUCCAUCUUCCUCGUUCCCUUAAGGUGGUGGAAGGAGGCGGUGUCUGGCGGCCUCAGGUCCGAGGGGAUGGAUGGAGUUGGCAGCGUUCUGUACAAUGCGAUGGUGCAAUUGAGUGAUGGUAGGGUGGAGGACGACUCGGACGGAGAUUUUAUUGGGGGUUUUAGGGAUCCUGAGAUUUUGGUGGGUAUGAGAAGGGAAGGGGAGGCUGAGGUUAGUGGGCAGGAAGGGGUUUCUGGCAGCGAUGGGGAUUUGGCGUUGGUGUCAGAGUGGAUGUUUUUCACUGCUCUUAAAUGGCAUUAUGAUAAGGAGGAUGUAGAAAGUUCAUUACAUGGAGACAAUGGUGCACAUGAUUUAUUCUCUCUGAAGAUUAGACUUUGGUUUAUGAGGGAAGGGCAUUUGGUCAUAAAGAUUAGAGAAAAGGACAAUGAAGGGGGAGUUUUCUACAAAGCAUGCAACAUAUUUUGUUCGAAGUCUAGCGCGUUGUAUAUCUGGGACUUCUCAGGUCAGACAAGCCAGUUAUUUGGUAUUGACACCAUGGAUUCAGGUCAACCAGAUGAGAUGGUUAAGUUAGAUUUGAAAAUGUAUGGCUUGUCCUCUACCACCAAUGACGAAGAGAAGCAGGACGAGUAUCAGAAAGAGGAGUCUAACAUUGGUGGCUCUUCAACCAGUUCGCCACAUAGGAUGAAUGGCUGUAUGGAUAAAGUGAAAUUAUUUUCAAGGAUUACACCAGUGGUUGGUAGUGGCUCUUAUUGCACUGGUUCUUUGGGUUUGACUGGAUUGUAUAAUCUUGGAAAUACCUGUUUUAUGAACAGUGCUAUUCAAUGCUUGGUGCACACUCCAGAGCUUGUUGAUUAUUUUCUGGCAAACUUCAGGAGAGAUCUGAAUUGUGAAAAUCCACUGGGCAAGAAUGGCAAGUUUGCUAUAGCAUUCGGGAACUUACUAAGAAUGUUGUGGGUCCCAGGGGCCACACCAGUAGCUCCGAGGAUGUUCAAGUCCACUAUUGCUAGUUUUGCUCCUCAAUUUAGUGGGUACAACCAGCAUGAUUCCCAAGAAUUCCUUUCUUUUUUGUUUGAUGGUCUCCAUGAAGAUCUCAACCGUGUGAAGACAAAACCAUAUGUACAAGCAAAAGAAGAAGAUGGUCGUCCUGACGAUGAAGUGGCGGAUGAAUGCUGGGAAAACCAUUUAUCUCGCAAUGAUUCAAUCAUUGUUGAUCUAUGCCAAGGUCAAUAUAGAUCAACACUGGUUUGUCCCGUUUGCAAAAAGUUGUCCAUUACAUUUGAUCCAUUUAUGUACCUGUCGCUGCCGGUUCCUUGUUCAAAAUCACGAAAGAUGAUUGUGACAGUCUUGAGCACUGAAGGAGCUACCUUGCCACAUCCAGUUACAAUAAGAGUCCCAAACGAUGGGACCCUCAAAGAUCUUGAUGAGGCCCUGGGAAUAGCUUGUUUAUUGAGGGACGACGAAACACUAUUAAUUGCUGAGAUAUACAACCACUCUAUCUACAAGAUUUUCAAUGACCCUGGUGAUUCAGUUGAGCGGAUUAAAGAUUGUGACAAACUUGUUGCCUAUAGAUUGCCAAAAGAUAUGGAUGGAUCUUCUUUGUUCGUGUUUAUGCAUCAAGAGGAGAGGAAGUCAUACGGGUAUAAUUUCCUUUACGAGAAGUUUGGCAUCCCUCUCAUUGCAAGGAUACCUAUUUUUUCUGAAGGGUCCCAUUUGCGUAAACAUUUUCUUAACCUCAUUAAUCCACUGUUACUGUCUGGAGAAGAGCUCUUGAACGGUGAUGCCUCACGAAAGAGGUCCCAUGAAGAUGAAGUGGUAGAGGAAGGAUUUUUCGGAGAGGCUUCAGUCUCGAAUAAUGAAAGAGAUUCAGAUGCUCUGGAUGACUUUAAGUUUAUUUUGGAGAGACCUUUUGUUCAUUUGAAUCCCGUCAGGAUACAGAUGGAUGAGCCUGUGCCCAUUUCAAGUUCUGGCCAGCUAAUCAAAGUGAUCGUAUAUUGGCCAGAGAAAAUGGUUUUCAAGUAUAAUACUACGAUUCUGAGAUCGUUGCCGAAAGUUUGCAAGACUGAGUUCUUGUCCAAGGGGAAUCAAGAUUCUAUUUCACUGUAUAAUUGUGUUGAUGCAUUCUUGAAGGAGGAGCCUCUUGGACUGGAAGACAUGUGGUAUUGCCCUAAUUGCAAGGAGCACAGGCAGGCUAGCAAAAAGUUGGAUCUUUGGAGGUUACCGGAGAUUCUCGUCAUUCAUUUAAAGAGGUUUUCGUACACCAGAUUCUUGAAAAAUAAGCUCGAGGCCUUUGUGGACUUCCCCGUUGAUAAAUUUGAUCUCUCUAAUUAUGUUAUUCGGAAGAAUAACACUGUUGGCCAUAAUUACAUGUUAUUUGCUGUGAGUAAUCACUAUGGUGGCAUGGGUGGUGGUCAUUAUACUGCAUUUGCUAAACAUAAGCUUGAUAGGUGGUAUGAGUUCGAUGACAGCCAUGUAUCGCCUAUUACUGAUGAGCAGAUAAAGACACAAGCUGCCUAUGUCCUCUUCUACAAGAGAAUCUAG